AUGAGCACCAAUACAGGCUCGAUCGGAGCGGCGCCACCACCCCCCGGAGAGACGCCCAAUUUUGACAACCCGCGUGACGCUGGACAUAUGCUCCACACGGUUUACAUGGUUCUCAUCCAGAUCGUUGUCGUGAUUUUCUUUGCGUUGAGGGUCUACGUCAAGCUGUUAGUGAAUGGAAAGUUUCGACUGGAGGAUUGGAGUUGCCUAGUUGGAUGGAUCUUCACCGUGCUCUUGAACUCGACCGUUUUCAUCAAACUCCAUUUCGGCGAAGGAUUCCACAUUUGGGAAAUUACUGCUGGCAACUUUACUGAGCUCCAGAAGUGGCUGUAUAUCAGCUCCCUCCUGUAUUCGCCGGCAGCUUUUUUCACCAAAACGGCUCUUCUACUUCUCACCGUCCGCGUUUUCUCCGUUGAUAGAAACGUAGCUCGGACGCUUCACGCUCUUUUGGCAUUCUUUCUUCUGUGCUAUAUACCGGCACAAGUCGCGAAGACUCUCGUUUGUAUCCCGGUUCAGGCAUUUUGGGACACGACUGUUGUCAACUUCAAGUGCAUCAACCAAACUAAGCUUUUCUUAUACGACGGCUCCAUCUCGAUUGUGUCGGAUCUUAUGAUCCUGGUUGUUCCUAUACCUUUGACCUGGGCUCUGCGGGUGUCGUUCGCCAGAAAGGUGAAGGUUGUGGCACUUCUAGGCGCAGGUGGUGUAGCAUUCGCCGUGACGGUGUAUCGUGUAUACCUCACCAUAAAAUUCGCGGACACCAUAGACCCGACUGUGGACUUCAUCCCUCUUGACUGGACUGUGACUGGAGAGCUCGCCAUUGGCAUAGUUUGCGCUUGCUUCCCUUCAAUUAACCACCUGCUCGAGCGGCGCAGCGCGACAAGA